AUGGCAGACCCUGCUAUGAGUUCCGCGACAAUGUCGACUGCUGAUACUAGCUCCCCCACCAACAGCACCCGCACCAUGUCCACCGUAACCUCCGCCGCACCUUCCGCCGCGCCGUCCGGGCCGCCGGCGUCGAUGAGCUCGUCGAGCGUCACGGGCACCAAAGCUCUAGCGAAGCGCGCCAUCCGCGUCGCGCAGGCCGUCGCGGACGCGCGGCUCGACAGCGCGUACGAAGACGCGUCGGAAGGGUUCGACUAUCACGACUCGGUGGAGGCCAGCAAGGGCAUCACGCAGACGGACGGCGGGCAAAGCGGCGCGCAAGGCGGCGGGAAACCCGGCGGCGCGCCGGUCGCGUCGUACCUGCAGCGCAUGCAGCGCGGAGGGUUGAUCCAGGCGUUCGGAUGCCUCGUGGUGGUGGAGGAAGCGACGUUUAACGUGCUUGCUUUUAGCGAGAACGCCAAGGAUUUGCUGGGGCUGAUCCCGAAGCCCAAGACGGAGGAAGAGCUGGAGGCGGAGAAAAAGGCCGCGGAGGAGGAGGAGCGGAAGAAGGCGGAAGAGGCGGCGAAGGCGGAGGCGGCGACGGCGUCCCCAAGCAAGACGCCUUCCGGAAAGUCGGGCAUUGGCCGCGCCUUCUCGUCUCUGAAGGACAAGAUCUCCUCCGCGAUUCGCGGGCACAACGCGGCGAGCUCCAAGCACUCGAAGGAGCGCGGGCGCAGCGCCGCGCCUUCCGCGACCUCGGGCGGGCGCGUGGGCUCCCCUGCGCGCUCGCAGUCCCCCUCGCGCUCCUGGCGCAGCGGGUUCCGCGCAAGCCGCCGCGCGGAGGACUGGGAGGGCGCGCACUCGAACCUGAGCAAGGCGGGGGAUGCGGAAUCCGCUCCGCCCGCUCCGCCUCCGCUUCCGCCGCUCCCCGUGCUCGAUUUCGGGGUGGACGCGCGCUCCCUUUUUACUCCCGACAGCGUGACGGCCCUCGAGAAGGCCACGGGAGCAGCAGACCUGAGCAUGAUCAACCCUGUCUUAGUCGAGGCAGCAGUCUCCAACAGGGGCGACCACCGGCCGUUCUACGCCAUCCUGCACCGCAUCGACGUGGGCAUCGUCAUCGACCUCGAGCCCAUCCGCGACGCCGAAAACAUCUUCACCGGCGCCGGCGCCCUCCAAGCGCACAAGCUCGCCGCCAAGGCCAUCGCUAGGCUCCAGCGCAUGCCGCCCGGUGACAUGACCAAUCUGUGCCAGGCUGUGGUUGAAGAGGUGAAGGAGCUGACCGGGUACGACCGAGUCAUGACUUAUAAAUUUCACGAGGAUGAGCACGGUGAGGUGCUGGCCGAAGCCAAGAAAGAAUCCAUGGAGCCUUACCUCGGUCUCCACUACCCCGCGACCGACAUUCCCCAGGCCAUCCGUUUCCUGUUCAUGAAGAACCGGGUGCGGUGCAUCUGCGAUGCUUACUCCGAUGAAGUCAAGGUGGUGAGGGAUGAAGGGAGGCUCAAGCAGCCGGUGACGCUGGCGGGGUCGCAGCUGCGGGCGGCGCAGCGCUGCCACAUUCAGUACAUGCGGAACAUGGGAACCACGGCAUCCAUGACCAUGGCGGUGAUCAUCAACGACGAGGACGCCGCACAGCCGGCUCAGCAGCAGGGUGCUGGCGGUGCUGCUGCUGCUCCGGCACAGGCGAACCGGGGGAAGAAGCUGUGGGGGCUGGUGGUGUGCCAUCAUGAAACCGCUCGCUACCUCCCGUUCCCUCUGCGCCUCGCCUGCGAGUUCCUUAUGCAGGUGUUUUCGCUCCAGGUGAAUAUGGAGCUUGAGAUGGCCCGGCAGCACAGAGAGAAGGAAAUGCUGAGGACCCAGACGCUGCUUUGUGAUCUCCUCAUGCGUGGCGAUGCUCCUCUCGGGAUUGUCUCGCAGAACCCGAAUAUCAAGGACUUAGUUAAGUGCGAUGGUGCGGCGCUGUACUACGCCGGGCGGUUCUGGCUGCUGGGAACGACCCCGACUGAGAUGCAGAUCCUGGAUAUUAUUGACUGGCUGGAUUCCGCGCACGCGGAUUCGUCUGGUCUGAGCACUGACAGCCUGGCAGAAGCGGGGUAUCCGCGAGCGGAGGAGCUCGGGGAAGGGGUGUGCGGGAUGGCGUGUGCUCGCCUGUAUGCGAGGGACGUUCUCCUGUGGUUCCGCUCGCACGUGCGCAAGGAGGUGCGGUGGGGCGGGGAGAAGCAUGAUAAUCGCGACAAGGAGGACGAGCACCCGGAGCGCAUGGCCAUGGGGCCGCGCGCGAGCUUUGCGGCGUUCCUAGAGGUGGUGAGGCAGCGGUCAAUGCCGUGGGAGGAUGUGGAGAUGGACGCGGUUCACUCGCUGCAGCUCAUUCUCAGGGGGCAUCUGACGUCCUUCAGUGACAACGACAUGCGCGACAUGAUGCUCAACCGCAUGCGCGACCAGGAAAUGGAUCGUCUGAGCGCCACUGAGAGUGAGAUGGUGCGAGUGCUGGAGACGGCCACGGCGCCCAUCCUGGCCGUGGACAGGGACGGGUGUGUCACCGGGUGGAACGCCAGGCUGGCGGCUCUGACAGGGCUGGCGACAGGGGACGCCCUGGGGAAGCACCUGAUCACUGACCUGGUGGUGGAGGGCAACGUGGAUGCUGUUGGAAGGGCUCUCUUCCUUGCUCUGCAAGGCCAGGAGAGCAAGGAGCUGGAGAUCCACCUGCGGACCUGGGGCGUGGUGCAGUCCAACAAGGAUUCGGUCAUCCUCGUCGUCAACGCCUUUGCGAGCCGCGGCACGGCCAUGGGGGGGGAUGACAUGGAGGACGUGGUGGGGGUGUGCUUCGUGGGGCAGGACGUGACGGCUCAGAAGGCGGUGCAGGGCAAGUUCACGCGCCUGCAGGGGGAUUAUGAGGCCAUUGUUCACGGCAACAACUCCCUCAUCCCUCCGAUCUUCUCCACUGACGAUUUCGGCAACUGCACCGACUGGAAUCCGGCAAUGGAGAGGAUCACCGGGGUGCCACGUCAGCAGGCGAUUGAUCGGCUGCUGCUGGGCGGCAUUUUCGGCCCCAUCUGCCGCAUGAAGGCGGACACGAUGACGAAACUGAUGAUUGUGAUCAACAAGGCCAUGUCCGGCCAGAUGACGGACCGCUACCCACUUGAAUUCCUGGAUGCCCAUGGCCAACUGGUGGAGGCGCUUCUCACGGUCCAGACCCGCCGCGAUUCCGACGGGCACGUGACGGGCGUGUUCUGCUUCCUGCACACCGUCUCCGCCGAGCUCCAGGCAGCCCUCAACCUGCAGCGCGCCACGCAGGACUUCGCCAAGGAGAAGGCCAAAGCAGUGGCCUACACCAGAGACGCCAUUCGCGGGCCGCUCGAUGGGAUUGAGCACGCGCUGGAGGGGCUGCGGAAGGAGGAGCAGGAGGGGAGGCUUGUAGGGGAGGAGGAGAAGAAUGCGGUGGGGGUUGCGGAGCGGUGCAAGGAGCAGGUGGACAGGAUUCUGGGGGAUGACGAUAUUGACACCAUUGAAGAGGGCUACGUGAACAUCAUCCCGGCGGUAUUCACCAUAGCAUCAGUCAUCGACGCGGUGGUAGCGCAGGGCAAGCAGGCGGCCGCCCGGCGCGAAGUUUCCCUCUCCUUCGACCCGCCGCCGCAGCUACGCUCGUUCCCGGGCCUCGCAGGAGACCCUGCUCGCCUGCAGCAGGCCCUGGCAGAGUACCUCACCAGUGCAGUUGCCUUUACGCCGCAAGGCGGGUGGGUGAAGGUGCGCCUGGUUACCAGCACGCGCAGUCUGUUCGGCGACCAGGGCUCCCUCAAAUGCGAAUUCCGAGUGCAACACUCAGGAGCGCUCCCCCAGGAGCUGGUGCAGCAGCUGUACGACGAGGCAGACCCCACCACGCGCACACAGGAGGGGCUGGGCCUCUCGGUGUGCCGCAAGAUUCUCCUCGCCAUGGCAGGCGAUGUGCAGUACGACCGCAACUACAACGCCUGCGAGUUUGUCGUCCGCAUCGGAUUCCCCUUCGCUUAG